AAUCAUCAGGGCGAUCGCUAGACCCCAGACUACUACGGCGCAAAAAUCCAGAGGAAAGUCAUCUUAGUGUAAAUGGUGUCUAUGUUUUACAUGGCACUUUAUGUUUCCAGCUAAUGUGUAAUAAUUAGUAUCAUCAACUAAAUUAAAUUGUCAUUUUAUAAAUGUAAAAAGAGUUAACCUAAAUAGUUUGUUAAACAUCAGAAAUGUUGGCCCUGUGUAAUAUUUAAGUGCCCUCACAUUGCUGGAGAGAAUUUCGAGCACUUCCUUGUUUAUUGAAAAAGCCAUAUCUCAAGAAGUUCUGUUCUGCCCCUCUAAGCCUUAACGUCUGUCGUGAACGAUGAUUUCAGCUAGUAGGGCCUAUAUCGCACACCCUUUCACAUUAACUGCCUAAAUAUUUCUAAUGUAAAUCCUUACAUUGUUUAAUUUCAGGUUAAAGCUUUGCAGUUAGCUUGUGAUGACUGUAUUGCGCAGUACUGCAAGUGAUUUAAUUACGCCCAGGAAGUACAUAAUUAAAGAAGGCAUCCGAGCAGUCGUAUCAUAUUUAUGUACAGAUGCUAAUCCUGUCAAACCUGAAAUAAUUAUAAUCAGUCUGACGGUGGAAAUGUCGUGGCGUUUUUAAAUGACUUCUUCAUUACGGCAAUUAUAAGCAAACAUUUGUUGUGUCUCGGUAUAUUCAUGUGAAUGUUCCAAAUGAGGGACUUCAGUCGUUAGAAGAGUAAAUGUAACUAAUUAACUUCAUAGAGCGGUCCUGGGUUCAAUCCUGACCGUUGUAACUAAUAGUAAUAGUAUUAUUAAUAAUAAAAGAGUUAGUACCAGGACAACCAAUCACAUGAAGACUGGAGUACAGUCAACUCCAGAACAGUCUUCCUUGAGAGCCUUUUAGUCGCUCAGGUAGUCAAAAAAUUCCCGGACAUUUAUUGAACCAGAUGGUUAUUACCCUGUUAACAAGAACCCGCCGUUUUAUUCCGGUAGAUUCGUUUAGUAUAAAGAAUUUCCACCUCGUCCGUCACCAGAAGAGGUUUUCAACCCCUGUUCCAGACUGUCUCAUUUUUAGAAUCGAUAUGUCUACCCUUCAGUACUUAUGGACUGUAAACAAGGUUUUGCAGCAGUUGUAUGAAAAUUUAGUACAUAUUUAAACGAAGCACAUUCGGUUGACAGCUUUACGAUCCGAUGUUCUUCUGUCUUUAUGAAACAGCACGACUUCAUCAACGUGAUGGUUUGCCGUAAUCUAAGCGAGUCCAAGUUUAGACGGCACGGCCUCUAGUUUAUGCCCACAAUUAGUACGCGAAAAAGCUCUUACGCGGCUCCGAUACAAGUACGUCAUGAUGAGAGUGACGAAUGAAAUGGGGAGUGGAAGAUGAAACUUAACGAGGAGAUACGCUCGCGUAUAUUUAACCCUUUAAAGCCGAGUGGUAACUGUAUGUGUCAUCCUCUUAUUCAGUCAGUAAUGCUGAAUUCUAUAUGUCUGCUUCUCAGUGUAAAAAGGGAUUAUUUCUUUAAACAGCUUCAAGAAAUUGAUUUUUGUAGUGGUGACGUGUGGUACUUUCUUUGCGGGCCGCGGGUCCAUUGUACGGCCGACAUCAAAGUUUCCUACGUGACUGAAAAUCUGACAUUUUCUUUAAUUUCUUCACUCAUGGAAACCUGAAUAGGGUUUAUAUUUUUGAGAGAAUUUAAGAAAUUGUGAAGUCAACUCUAGUUCUCUAGUACUCUAGAACUAUCUCUGUAGGAUCCAUCUUCCGUUCUCCUCGGUCUUCCAAGAGCCUGCUUUCUCAAUAUUUCCAAAAAAAUUCUGAGUGAACUUAUUGUCUCCUCAUUCGAUCGACAUGCCCAAUCCAUUAAUAACCUCUUUGAUUUCACAGUUCUAAUAUGACCUGCAGAUAAAGUCUUGUUGACGAAGUUCAUCGGUAUUUACGUGUGUAACUCCAAUUACUUGUUUACUUUAGGCUGCGGUCACAUUGGAUGCACAUUUGUGCGAUCUGAUCGAAAGAAUUCGUGCGGUUGUGAACAUUAAAACAAAUGUACGAAACAUAAUGAGAAUGAAGGCAUUGCUUGUGGCUACUUCUGACGAUCCCCUACGAAUUCGUACGACCAAGUGCUCGUAGGUCUAUUUUUAAGACCGAUUUUUCGUCAGAUUUGCUACGAUCGUCUAUUUGAAGUAAGGAUUCCUGUCGUUUACGUAAACGUGUGUUGCAAAGAUGGAGCCUUUGGGAUCUAAAGGACAAAUAUUAACACAACCGUGAUCUCAAACAAGACAUUUUUUAAAAAAAUAUUGCUGUUUAGGCAUAAAUUAUGAGCGGUUGCGAGCGUAUAAUAAUUUACCCCCAGAAUAUAACUGAAGUCCCGUGAUCAUUCGGAAUUAUUCGAAAAAUUGUGGUUAUUGCAAGAGAUCCGGAAGAAGUCGUUUGCAUUCACUCUUCGUCGCUCUCUCCAUGAAUUAUUCAUUAGCCCAGAGGGAGGAGCGAUAAUUUAAUAGCACUGUUUUCCAGAAGGAAGAAAUACCACUCAUCCAUGACUGUUAGUUCACUGUUAGCGUGAAACUAAUAGCAUGCAGAAGUAUUCAACGUGAACACCCUGGUCGUUCGGACAAUUCAUAGAAGCAACAACCGGAUGUUUCCUGCGGCUAGUAGUGGCAUGAAUUCGCGUCCAAUGGGAUCGCAGCCUUAUCCGUCUGUCUUCAUCCAAAUAAUCGCUUCUGCAUUUGGUUUUCAAAUGCCAUCCUUCUGUCAGUAAGUUGCCAGUUGUUUUGUACUGUUGUUAAACGUUUUCUUGUUUCGGAAUAAGAAAACAUUUUCACAACCGUGUAAAAUAACUGGUAACUUAUUUUAUAUUCGUUGAUAUUUACAUUAUAGCGAAUAAACAAGUUGUUUACAGUUUUAGAUUAGAGAAACAACAGCAGUGAGCUCGACACUUUAUAAGAUAAAGUGUACGGGAGAAAAGCCAUUUUUAUAACAUUCUUAAAAAAUAACUUUAUGAAUAAACGCGUUUUUGCUUUCUAAUUGAUGGCAAAGAGAGCUUUUAUUAUUACUGUGCUGAAAUGUAAGAAUACGGUGGUCUGUUUUCAAUACAUAAUCUCUUUCCGGGUGAGACACUUCGUUUAUUGAGUAUGCCUAAAUUUAACUGACGCCUUAUGAUGAUACGAUGUAUCAAUUUUAUUUUAAAAAAGGAAAUUAUGAAACCUAAUUCAAAUGUAGAAAUCAAGAUGUAGCUAUGCUAGUAUUUUUUCAUACUUGAAAUACAACGUUUCAGCGUUUUAUUUUUUUUUGCCAAAAAGUUUAUAAAUAUUUUAUCCCCCAAUUUAUGACCUCUUAGAACUGUCAGUGUUCUUUCUAGAAAGAACACUGCCUUUCACCAGAUACUAACUUGUGUAGGACUAAUCUUUAUUUUAAAAACUCCGAGUCCAUUACGAUAACCUCGGAACAAUUUAUAACUUAAUGUAUAUUAAUACAUGCGAACAAAAACACCGAACAGUUAUCUGCUUUGCGUCGUCGGGAAAUAGACAUGACACGCGCUCCGGCUGUCCAGUAGUAGACAAACUAAACAUAUCAGAUGAUUCGUGUAUCUUAGUGCAAUGCCAACGGUAAUAUUUUGUUUACCUAAACUUUUUAUCUCCGAUUCUGCGAAAUGUUUUCCAUCUGGUGCGAGAAGUACUUGUUACAUUUCAGCAAAAACACCACUCAGCGAGAUAAACUGCUUGUACAAGUUGGUGUUAGCAGAAUUACCACAUGCCAGAAACGCGGAAUUUGCCAGUGCCUUGAAAAGAAUUAAACAUAUAUUUCUGGAAACGCAGUGCUGACGGUUAUAUAUCAAGUUAAAUGAAACGCUGCGAACAGAUGAUGGAUUUUCUUGUGGGUGGUGUUACAGAGACUAAUCUACCUGGUAGUGACUGUUUUAUUAUAUACGUGUGUUAUAAUCAGACGACGGGAUGCUACAAUAAAAGAUUAUUCUCGAAUAUUUACAAUAAAUUAGCACUGCAGAUAUCGACACGAUUGGACGCUCUAAUCGAGAAAGAGAUGGAAUGCAUUUGUUGAUAAAUAUCCAGAUGUUAUAUUGUCAUGAAAGAGGAUAAUGAUAAGAAGGCUUGUUGAUACGUACGUACCUGUGUCAUGACCAUUUCGAGCUCAGUAAACGGUUGAUGGAAUGACCGCCAUGAUGUCUUCAAGAUGAUCAUGAAGAAACAGGUAUGAAGAAAGUGUCUGUGUUGAAUUUUCACGCUGUGCACUGAGAAUAGAUUUACUAGUUAGAAUUGUAGCCUAGUUACUGAAGUCAAGAGAGAACUGUGACAAGAAACUUUUCUUUUCUCUGUGGAAAAGUCGAAUGAUUAAAUUACGAGACGGGGGUCUUGUAAGUGACUUUCCUGUGUUUGUUCACUGGGGAAUACAAUCGUUAUUAUAUGUGAAGUGAAAGCAACGCAUAAGUUCGCUUUCCCAACCAAAUAUUUGUCUUCAGUAACACAUCAAAUGUGAUCUGACUUCCUCAUUUUUCAAGAGACAGUAUAAGCUGUUCAGUUGCAAUGAAGGAUGUAUUAACAUUUCUGUCCGGGAUGAGCCCCAGGUGGGGUAUUAAACUGUGCGUGUGUGUGUUUUUGUGGGUUAUGUUAAUUGUGACAUGCAGUGUGGCUGAAAUGACGACGGAAGGGGGCAAAGUAUGUCGCAGCAUGGACAUACGGAACAAAGUGCAAGCUCUGCAAAAGCUCAGCGGUUGUCGCGUUGUCGAAGGCUUCGUACGCGUUGUGUUGAUAGACAGGGCCAACGAGACGGACUACGACAGGUUCAGCUUCCCAGACCUUCAUGAGAUCACGGACUACUUGCUCGUCUACAGAGUGACCGGACUGACGAGUCUGGGGAAGCUUUUCCCCAACCUCACCGUCAUCCGAGGGAACUCCUUGUUCGUGGACUAUGCUCUUGUCGUGUACGAGAUGUUCCAGCUGAAGGAACUUGGUCUGAGGAGCCUAACUACGAUCCUUCGUGGAUCUGUCCGUGUCGAGAAGAACCGGGACCUCUGUUACGUUAAUACUGUGGACUGGUUAUCGAUUCUUCGCAAAGGAGAACUCUUCUCAGCCAACAACAAGGAGAGGUCGUUAUGCCCCUCCUGCCCAGGUAGUUGCGAGAACUCCGGCUGCUGGAGUGUAGGUGUUUGCCAGAACUUGAGGAACAACUACAGCAGUUGCCAUGAGCUUUGUCUUGGGGGCUGUACGGGGCCGGGGGCAGAUCAGUGCUCUGCUUGCAUUGGGGUUAUCGAUGACCACGCAGUCUGCGUUGACAGUUGUCCGCCUGACAGGUUCGCAUUCGUGGGCAGACGCUGUGUAACUGAGGAGGAGUGUCGUAAUUCCACCGUGCCGCCUCCGUAUCUCCAAAAAGUUCCUCGUGAUGGCCUCCCAAGCAAGGCGUGGAUCCCCUUCAACGGCACUUGCAGCCUAAUCUGUCCUCAGGGUUAUCAGACGUACAUCGACGAUAUUGGCAAGCAAGGCUGCGAAGCGUGCGUGGGACAUUGUCGUAAAGUUUGUGGCAGUGGGGAACAGAUUCAUAUUGUCAGCAUCUACGAUAUUCAGAGUCUCGACGGUUGUACGUACAUUAACGGUUCUUUGGAGAUUCACGUAAUGGGAAGCAAAGUACUUGAGGAGUUACAGAAUAACUUUGAUGCAAUCGAGGAAAUUAGCGGCUACUUGAAGAUCUACCACUCAUACCCACUAGUGACACUUAAUUUCUUUAAAAGGCUCAGAGUUAUUCAUGGAUUGAAACUUGAAAGUGAUCAGUUUGCGCUAGUCAUAGUGGGGAAUGACAACCUUCAAGAGUUAUGGAAUUGGAAUUCUCGUCCUCGAAAUUUUUCUGUAGAGAAGGGCACACUCUCUUUGCACUCGAACCCUAAAUUAUGCAUCUCAGAAAUAGAUAAACUCAGAGACAUUGCGGGUCUUCACAACAACACCGGAGAUGAAAUUUCAUACGUCUCCAAUGGCAACAAAGUAACUUGCAUCGUAAUUAAAAUGAACGCAUCUUCGUUAGUUAUCAAUUCCACGUCCGUGACGAUUUACUGGGAUCCCUUCGACGUACCUAAAGAGCGUGGCACAUUGCUGGGUUACACAAUACACUACGUGGAGACGUCCGACAACAACGUCGCUCUUGAAUCCGACAGUGACGCAUGCGGAGUUGAUAACUGGAGAGUAGCUUACGUUUUUCUUAACACCGUUCAAUCAACAGCUGAUGUCAUAAUGUCUCAUAACAUCACCCACCUCAAACCAUUCACUCAGUAUGCAUACUACGUAGAAACUUACGUGACACCAUCAGCUACAGAAGAAGGUAGAAGCUCUAUUCAGUACUUCAGGACUGAUCCUGACCGACCUUCCAUUCCUAGAUAUAUAAGAGCCUACUCUAAUUCAAGUUCAGAAAUAAUUCUACGUUGGCAGCCUCCUCUAUUUCCGAACGGAGAAAUAUCACAUUAUAUUAUUGUGUGCUGGCGUCAUCUUGAUGAUGCACAAUUGUUAGAUCAAAGAGAUUAUUGCCAGGUACCUCUAGAAUAUCACAAAGAAGUUGAAGAAGAUCGGUCAUUUCUCGAAGAAUUUGAACGAAAGGAGCAUUGCUGCAAGCCAUUAUCUCGUGAAACUUGUGUAUCCAACAACGACUCGAAGUUUAAUUUCAUCUACACUCAGGAAUCGGUCAAUGAAGAACAAGAUUCCUGUGACGAACAGACUUCGAUGUAUGGUAUUUUAUACAGUCCUCGACUGUAUGGAAAUGGGGGAGGGAUUUAUGAUUCUGUUGACCUUGCGGAUGGUCAUUUCAUACAAAGAUCAGAAGGGAGCGCCACGACAACAAUCCUGAAAGGUCUUCAUCAUUUCUCCAAAUAUACUGUAAAAGUUGUAGCAUGUAGGAAGGACCGUUAUGGAGGUACUGAUCUUUUGUGGAAUGAUGGACACUGUAGUCCAGCCAGCCUGAUUACAACUCGAACCCGUAAGUUGGAAACUGCAGAUAACAUAGAUUCGAGUUUCGUCAAAGUCGCCGUUGAAUCAGGGACUGUGAGAGUGUUUUGGUUGGAGCCAUCUGAUCCGAAUGGGGUCGUGGUAACUUAUCACGUAGAGUACAGAAGGACAGACAUUGUAAAUAUCAAACCAGUUGUCGUGUGUGUGACGAAGCAGCAGUUUGAGAAAGCAAAAAACUGGUUUGUUUUGAGCAACAUGGCUCCGGGAAAAUAUGCUCUGCGUAUUAAAGCCACAUCUCUAGCAGGUGAAAGUAAAUACACCAAUUUUGCGAAGUUUGUAGUGAAACGAGAGAUUGUGGUCCCGUCCCGCCGUUCCGAAAUGUUUGUUCUGAUGUCAAUUAUUAUCACUUCAUUGAUUCUCCUCUUCUGCCUUUCCUAUCUCCUGUGGAAAAGAUUGAAGGCAAAUAAUUUUACAAUUGUUACGUCCGCAAAUCCGGAAUACGUGAGUCUCGCAAGGUACGAGCCGGAUGAAUGGGAAAUUGUAAGAGAUAAAGUUGAGUUGGUGCGGGAACUUAAUAAGGGUUCCUUCGGUAUUGUUUAUGAGGGAAUUCUUUGGCCAGCAAACAUUCGUUGUGCUGUUAAAACCGUGGAUGAGAAAGCUACCGUUCGGGAGCGAAUUGAAUUCCUCACCGAGGCAUCAGCGAUGAAAUCUUUCGCUGGUGGGCACCACGUAGUACGGCUGCUAGGAGUUGUUUCUAGAGGUCAACCUCCUCUUGUCGUAAUGGAACUGAUGGCUCUUGGAGAUCUGAAGACAUUUCUAAGAGAAGUCAGGAACAUGACGCCUUCUCCAAUUAAUCUUUCUCAUGUAUUGUUAAUGGCCGCACAAAUUGCCGACGGAAUGGCAUACCUGGAAGCUAGCAAAUUUGUACACAGAGAUUUAGCAGCAAGGAACUGUAUGUUGACAGAGAAUGGUACAGUCAAAAUCGGGGAUUUUGGAAUGGCACGAGAUAUUUAUGAGACAGAUUAUUAUCGAAAAGGAAACAAGGGUUUAUUACCAGUCAGAUGGAUGGCCCCAGAAAGUCUAGCAGAUGGAAUAUUUACAAAUCAGUCUGAUGUAUGGAGUUAUGGAGUUGUAUUAUGGGAAAUAUCAACUUUAGCCGAACAGCCAUACCAAGGGCUUGCCAACGAACAAGUUCUGCAAUUUGUCUUAAGAGGCGAGCUGUUGGAUAAACCUGACUGUUGUCCAGAUAUUUUGUACAGUCUUAUGCUAGCAUGUUGGCAGAAGCGACCUGUAAAUAGACCCAGUUUCUUGAGGCUUGUUAGUAUAAUAGAUGCUGUCACUGAGGUGGGAGAUGAGUUCAGACAAACAUCAUUUUACCACAGCCAAACAGGUCAGGAGCUGAGAGAAGCUCAUGGUGAAACAAGAGCAAGGUCCUCUUCGUCUGAGGAAGAUUCAUUCGAAGAUAUGAUUUGUUUGCAGUCAUGUGGAGCAUGUGAAAGACUAGACUUUCCUUUAUUAAACAGUGAAUUUAAUUCUGAUGUUCCUGAAGGAAGUACAUCUUCAGGUCUGAAUUUUAACAUGGAAAUAUUAUCUCAUAAUAGUCAUUCCAGUACUGAUGAACCUCAUUAUUUAAAUAUGUCCACACAAAGUACGCGGCCUGCUGCAGAUGAUUACGUUGUAGGUGAUUUUGGCAGCUAAUAUAUUGUGAUUAUUCCUGGGUGCCUCUUGACAAUCAACAGUUCUGGAUUUUCCAUAAAAG